ACAAGUAAUAAUGUACUUAGCAAGCUUUAGGAAAUAUUAGCUAAACUCAAAAUUAGCCUUAAAACAUCAAUAGCAUUAAUGUCCUUAUCACGCUGAAUGUUUUGAUAGCAAUAUUGCAUAGGUUUCAUAGUGCGCAAAUAAUUAGAAGAAUUUCGAAAAACUGCGAAAAUUUGAUAAAAUUGUGUGAAUUAAAAAAAAUGUUAAGGUAAAAAAUUGCGUAAAAUACUAAGAUUGGGUAAUAUUUAUGAAUGCUAUAAGUACUUCCAUAAAUGUCCUGAACGUUUUGAUGUGAAUAUUGCAUAAUUUAAAAGCUUUCUUGAAAAAACAAAAACAAAAAAAAAACAUUCACUGAAUAAUAAAGAGAAACAGAAUCACUAUAGUGUCAAUGCUGACACAGCAUUCAAAACUUAUGUAGAAUCUCGGCCACACUCCACUCCUGUAGGUGGCGGUAACGAGUUGUUCGCCAACCGCCAAAAACCUCACAGAAGAAGAAGAAGAGGAUCACAGAAGAAGAAGAAGAGGAUCACUGAAGAAGAAGAAGAGGAUCACAGAAGAAGAAAUCAAACAUGGAGAAGCACACUAAAUUAAUUGGUAUAAUGGGGGGGAAAUUUGUGUUUCGCAGACAUCCCGACGGCACCGUGGACAAGAGUAAGGUGAUGUGCGUCCUUUGCACUAAGGAGUUCGCGUACCACCGAAGUAUUUCCAGUCUAGUUUACCAUAUAAACGCAAAGCAUCCCUUUGUGGGCGCAGCCACGACCGCCGCUAGCAGCUACGAGGCUAACAACAAAGAAGCUAGCACCAGAGAGGCUAGCCACAGCAAACCUCUACGACAACUCGCGGAGAACAUGACAAGAACGACUUCACCGGUCAGCGAUAAGCUAACAAAUGCUCUAGCUAAGUGGAUAGUAACGAACCACAGGCCGAUAGACAUUGUCGAAGACGAAGGACUAGCCGAAGUGUUGCAGACUGCGUCCAACGACCCGUCGUACAAACCUCCAUGCAGGACGACAGUGACGGAGAAAAUAAGCGAGAUGUACGAAGUCGAGAAGAAGAUCAAGUCAGGAAGGAUCGAGAAGUCUUCCGACUGUGUGUCCAUAACCGGAGAGCGCUGGAGCUCCGCCGGAGACAGCAGCUUUCUGGGGGUGAGCGUUCACUUCAUCGAUGGAGACUGGAACCUGAACUCGUUCCUACUGACGGUCAUGACAACAGAAACGAGUCAUGAAUGCGCCGACCAGCUCCUCACGGUGGUAAAAGACUGGAGGAUAGAGAAUCACAUCUCCACCAUCAGUACAGAGACCGCAGCGGACGCCAGAGCCCUCCCGUACGAGCACAUGCCCUGCAGCGCGCACGCUCUGCAGAGGAGCAUCUCGGUCUGCAUGGACAGCAGUGAGUUUGACGGUGUGCUGACAACAUGCCGUAAGAUAGUAGAACAUUUUAACCAGAGCCCAGCCAGGACCGCCGAACUGAACCAGCAACAAGCGGCGCGAGGAAAACCCUGUGAGCAGCUUCUACGAGAUGAACCGACCAGGUGGAACUCCACACUCAAAAUGAUCUCACGCCUGCUGCAGAACCGGGAGGCUGUCCGGGCGGCUUUGGACCAGCAGAACCACAGCAGACGGGUCAUGCCAACCGAAGCCGAGUGGGAGGAACUGCAGAGGCUGGAGCUGCUGCUGGAACCAUGCAGGUAUGUGACUGAGCUGCUGGGCGGUGAGGCCCACGUCUUCUGCUCUGUGGUGCUGCCUGCCCUUCGCCAUCUGAUCCGGGUCAUGGACACCGCUCAUGAUGAUCCAGCUUAUGUAGUGAAGUUCAAGAACGCCUUCCAGAAAGAGCUGGCGGCACGACUAGCCGAUGCCAACAACCUGUGGUUAGAGGUGGCCACAGCACUGGAUCCACGGUUCAAGGAUCUGAAGUGUCUUCCAAGACAAAAGAGGGAGCAGGUGUGGGCACGUCUGGAGAGCAUGCUGGAAGCAGCAGGAACCAGACCAGCCGACGAUCUGCAGCCCAUAGAGGAGGAACUGCCUGAGAAGAGGAGGAGGACGGUUCUCCUCCUGGGGUCGGACUCCGACUCAGAAGACGACGGAAUCCAGUUCCUGGAGCUGCUGCGCUACAGAGCAGAGCCCAGCAUCGACAUGGCGGACUGCCCCCUGCAGUGGUGGCGCUCUCACUCAGCAGCCUAUGAGAAGCUGUCGGCGCUGGCUCGCCGGUACCUGGCCCCCCCGGCUACCUGUGUUCCCAGUGAGAGACUCUUCGGUCUGGCGGGUCUCGAAGUGCAGAAGAGGAGAGCAGCUCUACCACCAGAACACGUCAACAUGCUGCUCUGCCUCAGUGACUGGUUGAAACACAAAUAAAUGGUUCUCUGUUCCCCACUAGUGUUUGGGACUUUUUCAUUACUUUUACUUGAAAUGUGUUGUUUUUGAUGUGCCAACUGAAAGCACUUUAAUUUACAUGUUUGUUGUGUUUUAGAGAACAGUUUGUGGUUAGUAUUACGGUUGCUCAGAAAAGUUUGUUUGAUUUUCUUGAGGUAAAGAUAUGCCUUUGUGGUGUAAAUGUUAAAGCUGGAAGGCUGUUGUAAUUAAACAAAAAACGUCAUAAAUCUAA